CAUUGAAUCGAAUUUCGUGACUGGGACGGUCCGAACAAGAAGCAAACCGGAAAGUGUUCGUCCAGCACCUUCUGGCUGGUGGGAGAGUUACCUGUUGAACAUCAACUGCGGUAGGCUAAGCGCGGUAACGGACGUUCGUGUCUGCAGUCAUCAGGAUCCAGUCCGCUGGUUCGAAAGGUCCCAAAGGUCCUCGCAGGUCCUUCCGCGUCCGGGAACAGCGCCAACCCGCGCGAGAAUACCCCCCCUCCAUCGAACUGCCGAAAACCUCGAGGUGUGUGUGUGUGUGCGUGGGAGUGCGUGCGUGUGCGUGUGCGUGUGUGUGUGUGGCAGUAGUGAAAAAUGAUCCGACCGAUUCUACCGAUACUGGCGUACAUGAGCGUGCUCUCGAGUACGUACUCGCUGCACAUGGCACGCGAUGCUUACAUCAAGCCACCGCCGCCUCCGCCACCCGCCCAGCUGCUCGACGACCUGGACGACAUGUCCGAGCUGCUGGCGGAGAACGGUGUCGACCUGAUGCGGCCAAUGAUGGGCACCGUACACCAGAAGCCCCACGGGGGCACCAGCGCCGGCGGGGGUGGAACGGUCGGGGGCAGUGGCAGCAUCAUCAGCAGCAAUGCCGGUGCCGUUGCGUUAGGUACCCUCACGCACGUGACGAGCAAUGAGCUGCCGGAGCUGAGCCCGCCACCGGCCCAUCUGCCGGUGGGGUUACGCCACGGUCCGAUCGGGCCACUUGUUGGGCAGCCGCCGCGCGGCUUGCAGGAACUGUUCGGUGUGCAGACCAACUUCGACAUACGCGCGGCACAGCAGCAACUGUCCCACGGUCCGAACGGUGCGACGGCCACCUUCGACGCCAACCAGUCCGCCUCCAGCGGCAUGGACGAUCGGGAUGAUGAUAACGGCGAUGGUGGCGGUGGGAGAGGCGAGGGAGGUGACGACCUCAACGGAGCAGCCGCUGGGGGCGGUGGACAGGGCAAUGUGAAUCUGCAACGGUCGGCGUCGAGCAGCAAGCGAGCGUCACCGACCGGUGGGCGCAAUAAGAUGAUGGCCGACUCGGCCCAAGAUGCCGGCGGCAGCAGUAGCGGUCUGCCAUCGAUCCCGCACGGCAUCGCUAACCAAAUGAUGCUGCGCAGUACGCGCGGUCAGCGACAGUACGAUGUGCCGCAAAUUGAAUGUCCACCAGCGAUGGAUGGCAUGGAGCGUUUUGCAUGUCCUACCCCAGAUCGGCAAGGCCGGUACCGAUGUAUAGACGAUCACGUACUAUGCGACGGUUUCAUCGACUGUCCCGAAGGCGAGGACGAGGACAGGCAGGCUUGUAUGUUCUACAAAACGACAAAAGCACAUCUCGACGUAUUAGCGGACGCCUUAUUGAGAUGGGCUCGAGGCCGUUAAGUUGUACAUUUCACAGCAGCUCCCGACAGCAUCGCUGUUAUAGCGCUAGAUUGAACGCAUAGGAAACUGUAGAAAAGUGAUGAAGGACGAACACAGAGACUAUUAGAAGGAAAAAGGAAGAAAGAGAAAAAGAGAAAAAUAGAGAGAAAGAGAGAGAAAGAGAAAAGAUAAGAGAGAGAGAAAGUGUGUGAGCCAGAAAGCGAAAGGGCUGAAACUAAGGAUACAUGUUAUGUUACAUUGCGCGAGUCAGAUAAACCAUCGAAAAAUGCAACCCAAAGCAUGCACAUUGCCCGGCACAAGUAAGUCCAAUCAUGACUUCUGCAAAAAAAAAUGUAGAGAGAAGAGCUGUUCUUCAAAUCAUCAAAAAAGAAAGCAAAACAAAAAACAAACACACACACACUCACAGCAAUGCGUUAAUGGAAAAAGGGGGAAAAAAGACGUUGUAAAAAUAGACUUGAAGAAUUCUGUACAUAUGGUUAAGAGAAGCACACGGAGGUGGUAAAAAAAACGCAGUCACAGUAACUCCUAACGCAAUGCUGUGCGUUCACUUCAUUCACUUGCCCGGACGCAAAACUUCUACCGGCUAAACAUGACAACAUGCAUUCGGAACGGAACAAAACAAACCAAACAGAAAAUAAAACGUCAAAACUCAAAAAGCAGAUGAUCUUACUAUAUAUAUAUACAUAUAUACAUAUACAUAGAUCCAUAUACAAAAACAUAUAUUUACCGACUAAGAACUAGAAACAUAAGCAGCAAACACGAAAGAGAAGCAACAGCAAAACAACAACAUUCCGUACUUCAUACAAUGAACGGUGGCGCAGCGUAAGGGAAUAAUUGUGUGGCGAGUCGUGAGCGAAUCAAAUUCGUAAGUGAAGGCUGUUGAUCGUAUGCAUGCGUCCGGAUGCAAAAAAAAGGACACACGAAAUGGGACGGGUGUACAUUGCAUUGGUGGUUUGUUAUACGAGUGAGUGAGAGGAUGUGUGAAUGUGUUACGGCAGUAAGUAAAACAUGAUACGAAGGCCAACCCGUCAGAGACAGCGUCAUGGUUGCGAGCGUUGGCAGAACAGUUAAAACUGAAGCGGAACUGUAACAAUUCUUGUUGUGCAAAUUGAUAAAAAAACGACAAAAACUACACACUCUCACGUGAAACACACAUCUACACUCACACACCCACACACACACACAACCGAUCGGUACAUGUAGUUAAGUAAGUGUAUGAAAUAAAUGUACAUUUUGUCUUCUACAUUGUAAAAAUCAAAAUCAAUUCCAAACUGUAAACAGACCCUCUUUUCCCAAUCACAGACAUAAAGUUCAACGGUGUGUUAAACGUUUGGUUCACUGUAUCACUUCAAUGUUUGUUUAGUCCCAACUCCAAGAUGAAGGUUCCAUUCAUCUCGAGAAGCGAAGAUCAUUCAAUAUAAUAAGCACCGGUCAUUAAAAGCUAGUCGCACCGAGAACGUAUCUGGUUAAGAGGUGACCACAACCGAAACCUUAAUCAUUUAUCGACACGAAACGAUACAAACCAGAGAAGAAAAUGUUGUUCCAUACCAUCCAUCCACUUCUUACCAAGAGAGACAUCACACAUGUCCAUCCGAUCGUUCCCGUUUCGAAAGAGACACGCAUCACACCACAUCACGACACAACGUACACAUCGGAGGAGGAAAACUAUUCUCAUGGACAAGGCAGCUAUAUUGUAUAGAUAAGUCAGCAGUAUAAGAAGCAGAGAAAACAAACACUUUAGAUCCUUAAAUGCUAAUAUUCGAUGCGGUAAUGGACUAAGCGAAAGGUGCAGCUACAAGCCCCAAGGCAGAAGCAACCCACACUCGGGGCUCCUGCUGCGGGCAAAAGCGCAAAGGGCUGGUGAAUGAUUUAAUCACCGAAGCCAUACGAAACCAGCCCCAACCCCCCAUCUCCCCCUUCCGGGGGUUUGGCUCCAGGGUGCGCAAAGUGAACCAAAAUAAUUAAACAAUUACAAAAAACAAAAGACAAAAUGACUGAUGAUAUCAAUAUCUCUAAUCGACCAUCCACGCGACAGUCAAUGGUGCGGGCAAUGCCAUCCAAUGCUGUAUGCCUAGCGUGAAGUGAAGGAGAGAGCGCGAGAUAGAGAGAGAGAAAACGGGAGAGUAAUAGACAGGGACAGAUUUCAAGUUGUCGUUCCAAGUCGUAUUUGGAGUGGUUUUUUUUAGUAAAGUUCAAUUCAGCGUCCUAACGCAAUUUUCCAAUAAUUUUAAUUAAUUGGUUUCUAUAUUAUGUCCCUAUUUAUGUUUAACUAGUGCUAAAAGUACACAUAACUACAUUGUUUACUCCCAGUAUUGUUUCACGAUGUAUUGUACAGGUGUAACGUAAGUUUUCCUAUUGUUUCCUAUUUCUCGUCCUCAUUUCAAACUGGUUGUGGAUUUAUCAGUUCUAGUGUCGUUCCGGGGAGUUUCAUAGCAGGCAGUGCAAUUGACUAGAGAUUAAGCUAAUGGUCGGAUGUGUGUAAAUCAGCGAGUAGCAUUCUACUUACAAUUAAGGUUAGGAGUUCGAAACAGAAUAUCUUGAACAUACUGAUACAUCAAUCAUUCACCGAACAUUAAUAAGUCCAUCGCCACACGCCGCGAGCGAUGCGUUCAAACCGCUUGUGAUGUCACUGAGUUCACCGUAAACCGCGUGCGCAUUCUUUCUAGUUUCCAGUAUCUUCAUCGCAUGUACAUGAGCGUCAGUAUACCAGUAGCUGAUUAGUUCCUGCAGACAACGCACCUGUACAGCUAUCGGUUUUGCCCGCUUCCGGAGCGAAACCAGGUGUUAGAACGUUAACAUUUUAGAAACCCUUUCAAGAUACGCCUCUAGCACGCACCAGACACUCACCACACACACACCCCCCCCCACAGCGCACAUACAGCAGCAGAACCUUCCUUCCUUUCACUCACACUGUACACAGUCACACUCUUAUUUUCGCAACGAACAAAACAAAACAAACGACUUUGCAAAAAUCACGCUCAUCAAAAGCAUUACUUAUAAAUGUCUAUUUGCACAAUAAUAUCUACAAAACAACAAAUAUUAAGCAGUAAAUAUUGACGAAAAGAAACCCGAGCACACAAACACACACACACACACAUACACACACUCACCGAUGCAAAUGAAGGUGAAAUAAGAGAUCAAGAUAAACGAAACUUUGCGAUGCAAAAUUAAAGGACAGGGGCAUGAUAGCAGAAAAAAGAAAAAAACCCGCAGAUGGAGAGUUCCACACAAGCAAAACUAAACAUCUUUCUCUCUCACUCACACAUACACACACAAUCAGAAGAGAAAUCGAGCAAGGUUUGAGUGUAGUAAGGGCGUGUGUUGUCACUGUGCGGUCAGACCAUCUCAAUCGGCUCCGGGCAUCCCCGGGUUCAAUGGCUUCGAAGGCAGAGUACACAAGGCCGCUGUGGCCGCUGUGAUCAACGCACCCAAACGUGUGUCUCAUCGACGACUGAUUCUAGUGCCCGACGAGUAAGCCCACACAGUGUAGAACAGUGUUAACUACGACGAAACGGCUGCGAGCAUGGCUGCGGUCGGAGUGCUUCAGCGUUCAGCGGUAAGGCUGCGUCACGUACGCAGCCAAGUGUCAGUGACUGGCGUGGGCAAACACGAGCUCAGUGUGAUGCAAUCGACGAAUGCAAACUAAUUGUAUACAUCGCAUAAACGGUGAUAAAGCGUUACAUCCUGAGGUGGAUCGAAGAGAAACACAAAUUCAAGAGCAUUACACAAUUAUGUCAAACAUUCGGUUUGAUCCAUCAUUAUGAUUAUGUUUGUCGUUAGUUUAUACGUUUCAUGCAGGCAAAGAAAAAAAACAAACUAAUUACCGAAACGGUUCUUUUAAGCGUAAAAGCAACAACCUAAAAUGUCAAAACAUACAAACACACUAGAAGGAAAAGGAAAAAAAACAUCUGUAUCGGUUUCCUGAAAUGUGUCUAAAACGAGUAGAGUCAAAACAAAGUAGAACGCUACCCCAAAACACUAGACCGCUCACCACAUCGCACACAUGUACCCACCAUCCACCCGUCAUCAUCUGUUUUCUGUGCAUUUCUGGUCAUGUCUUCAAACCUGUUUGGAACCACAAAAAAAAUAAGGAAAACUACAUUCCAACAUCACCACUCAUACGCCUGGCACUGAAUGUUCAUUCGUUACUGUUUUUUUGUUUUGUUUUGCCUUAUAUAUAAUUUGUUUUCCUAUAUCUGUCGUUCUCGUUGCUAAAGUCCAUUGUUUGUUGCUGUUAUCGAUGUUGUUACUGUUGGUUGCAUGAAGAAAACGAGGCUAUUGCAAGAAAAAAAAACAGGAAGGAAAAAAACACAUCACCGAAGGCUCAAAAACGGUUCCAUUUCUUUUUGAGUUUUGUUUGUGAUUGUUAAUUUCGGGUUCUUCAAAAGAACAUGUCAAUUGAUUAAAAAAAAAAAAACAAAUAAACCCCGUUAGCAAUAUGUCCCUUUCGUGCAGUUAGUUCGAUACGGCUGUCGUCAAUUGGAAGAUCUCAAGAAGUAAUUUCCAGAUCAAAAAGAAAAAAAAAAUGUAUCGUCUAAUAUAAACCACAAAGCGCUAGCAAAACUCUGAUCGAAUAUCGUCAGAACGGUCGGGUCACAUGUUUAAAUCGGUAAACGACAUCAUCAAACCUCGAGGCCUCGAACGGGUGUACGAAGUGAUGAGAAAGUGUUUUCAUUGUUUGGGAGCCCAUGUUGAAAAUCUUCACGAUUUCCGUUGCGUUAAGCUACCGGCCACUACCGGUGCCACACGCUGAUGAAUGCUACACGGGAAAGCAAUUUCUGCCUACGUAUUAGUACCACGCCGGGAGAGGUCUUACAGACAGGGCCGCAACCCUUCGAUUUGCUGCUCGAACCGUGCUCGACACUCUCGCAUACGCGUACCUACACCUCCACAGCUGGGAGCGAAUGGUUAAAUGUUAGAAGCAAAACCACACAUAAAGUUAAAAAAAAACAAGUAAAUUAUAAAGAAAAGACUGACUUAGUAGACCUGCAGUUGAAUUACGCGUAACACACACACACACAUACACACACAAACACCUAAAAAACCACGAGGAAACAUGUAGCUAGCCAGAGUAUAAACAAUAUAUUCGAACUAAACAUGGGUGUUUUUUUAAAUGCUCAUCACUAUUAAGUAUUAGUAAAAGCGCCAAGAUUUCAUGCAACAACAGCUUGUAGCGACAGGCUACGCUACAGACGCACGCUUCCGAGCCUGGCCGCUCACCUUCAAGUGCCGGUUGGCUGCGUGUCCCGUCACGGAACGCUCUGGAAGCGUUCCAACCCCCUGUGCUGGGUAGUAUGAAACAGUGUGAGAAUAGGAACACAGUCUGCAUCCGCUAACGCUAACGCUAACGGUAACGCUUGCUCUCACACUGCAACAAUAGCAAUAAUGUUUGAUCUUGCCUUCGUUGGAUUAAGCUAAUGAAGCGUUUUCCAGUGUCUUUCUUUUCUUUUUUGUUGCUUUAUUUUAUUGCCACGAACUAGCGGGUAGUCCGACGAACUCAUUUAAAGGCUGCAGAAGACUCUCGCGACGAUGGGACGUUGGGAGUUACAGAUAUGUUAGUAUGCGCCUUUAAAUCUUCCGCACUACCCACUGUUCGUGAGCGAAAGAGAGAAAAAGGGGUUGUUAUUGUGCGUUUCAAAACGCCUAUAACCCACGGUUUUUAAUUAUGGGCUCCCAAUCAAUGAAUGUGUACACUUAGAACAAAACCAACCAAACAAAAAAAAAACAAAGAGAAACCACCAGAAGACUGGGCAAAGCAUUAGCAAAAACAAAACCAAAACAAAAAAACGUCUAUAAAACACGGGAAAUCUUGAUAAAUCGAACAACAACUCGAUUCACAUUAAAGACUAGAACUUAUCGCAUGGAAAAAGGGUUGAAGAAGAAGUAACAGAGUAAAAAAAAACAAAAAAAGGGACUAACGCAAAACUCUCGCCACAGUCGUUUUUGAAUGGAAAUAUUUGUUAUUUAUUGAGGUACGAAUACGCUACUGGUAGCGGUAUAAACGGGAGAAGUGAUUAAAAAAAAACAGACACCCACACAGACAGGAACGCGUACCCCUUCAUUGUAGCGUAAUUAAUGGCGAAAGAAAGAGA